AACACCGGUGCUUGUUUUGAUUGGCAGUUUGGACCAGUGGACUAAAAUCAACUACAUUACACCCCAUGCAGCCACGCAGUUCUUGAACAUUACUGAGUCGCUAUUUUCUUUUGCUGCUCCAUCUUGUUGGACCUUGCUUGUAGACCACCGUAGUCCUCGGAGCACCUGAUCAUCUUCAUCUGCCGAACUUUAUGGUAGAUGAUUAUAAAAGAUUGGUGCUAGAAUUGCCAUGAUCGCAGAGGAAAAAAACAAAAAAUGGAAGAAGGAAAGAAGGAGAAGAAGAAGGUGAUGGUGGCAAUAGACGAGAGCGAAUUUAGCCAUUACGCUUUGAAAUGGGCAAUUGAGUAUUUGAAGGACACAAUUGUUGAUUCUGAGCUUGUCAUCUUCACUGCUCAACCUAAUACAAACUUCGGCUAUGUCUAUGCUUCUUCUAUGGGUUCAGCUCCUCCGGAGUUGAUAAUAAAUAUGCAAGAGAAACAAAAGAUGAUUGCAUUUUCUCUAUUGGAGAAAGCUAAAGAACUCUGCGCCCAUCAUGGAGUAAUCGUUGCAGAGACAUUGACAGAAGUUGGGGAUCCUAAAGAGGCAAUAUGUGAGGCAGUGGAAAAACUCAAGAUUCAACUACUUAUAAUUGGCAGUCAUAGCAGAGGAGCUAUACAGAGGGCUUUCCUUGGGAGCGUCAGCAACUACUGUGUUCACAAUGCCAAAUGCCCUGUUCUUGUUGUUAAGAAACCAAUUUAGCAACUUCAAUGUUACUAUCAUGUAAGAAAAAAGAUUAUCCAGAACACUAAAUUCUGAUUAGGAGGAGACUUGAACCUUUUCUUUGUGCCGUUUAUCAACUUGUUUUCUGUGGGCUAAUGAAAUGAAGGAAUUGCUUCUUAUGAUAU